AUGAAAUUUGUCAAAUUGGAACAAGGGAAUAUGUCAGUAGCGGAGUAUGCAACUAAGUUUGAGGAGUUAUCCAGGUAUUAUCCACUCUAUGUUGGAGAGGCAGGAGAAAAUUCUAAGUGCAUCAAGUUUGAAAUGAGACUUAGGCCAGAGAUCAAGAAACAGGUUGGAAUGCAAGAGAUCCGUGACUUUCCUACCCUAGUGAAUAAGAGUAGGAUUUAUGAUGAGGAUAGUCGUGCUGAAAAGGCACAUUACCGAAACAUUGGAAGCAUGAAAGACAUGAGGCCUAUGAAUCAUAAUAGAGGGAAACCUUACUUUUUUCCUCCUAGUAAAUCUGGAAGUCGUUUGAACUAUCAACAAUACAAUUUUUCAGCUGGACAAGGAAAUAGUAAUGGUAAUGGGAAAGGAAAUGAAAACAAUUAUAGUAUGGGGGUGGUAGAGGAAACCCUGAUGGACGAGGAGUUAGUAACAAUAGGAGUCAAGUCUCGAGCAACAACAAUGGUAAUAAUGGUGAUCCGAUUACUCAUAUCUGAUGUCAUAGGUGUGGGCCACAUCAACACCACAUGCCCCUACCCAAGGAAGACUCCACAACUUGGAAACCAGAGUUCCCAAGCCAGCCGACCUAAAUCCAAUGGAAGAGUAUUUGCCCUCAAUUGUGCAAGAGUGUAUGAGAAAGACAACUUGAUUCAAGGUACGUGUCUCAUAAGUGAUUCUCCUUUAUUUGUGCUAUUUGAUUGUGGUGCCACUCAUUCCUUUGUGUCCCUUGAUUGUGUUAGAGGUUUAGGAUUACCUAUGUCUCGUUUGCAAUAUGAUUUGAUUAUGAAUACCCCUACUAGUAAUUCUAUUGACACGUCUAGUGUUUGUCUCGACAUUUCUAUCCAUGUGUGUGGAAAGGACUUCCGAGUUGACAUAGUGUGUUUACCUUUGCAUCUAGUCGAUGUGAUUCUCGUUAUGGAUUGGCUAUCUGCCAACCGUGUCCGCAUAGAUUUUUUUAGAAAAACCAUUGAAUUCAUGGAGCUAGAAGUGAAGGAUAAGCUUAGCAAUAUAUCCGCCAACCAAGUGAAGGAACUCUUGAAAGAAGAUGCCCAGUUAUACAUGAUCCUAGCCUCAUUGGAAUUUGAAGAAAAAGUGGUAAUACGAGAUGUUCCUAUUGUGUGUGAAUUCCCUAAAGUAUUCCCUGCAGAUGUCAAUAGUUUACCACCAGAGUGUGAGAUUGAGUUUAGCAUUGACUUCGUACCAGGUACUGGACCAUAUCCAUGGCACCGUAUAGGAUGUCUUCCUUAG